UUAGAUGGUGUUGUUUGGUAUAUGGGUUGGACACUAAUUUGAGGUUUGAAGUACCUGGAUACAGCUACCUAAUAAGACCAUCACAGAAUACCUAAGCAUACAGUAUUAUUGUAGGAUGUCGCAUAUACCUAGGUAACUCGACAUAAACUAUUCUAAUUGGAUAUAAGGGAAUGCAAUGUCCAUAUCAAUAUUACGUAGCGGGUGAAUAAGUCCACCAUAUUCGUUGACGUCAUCGGGGCGAGGUCUAGGGAUAUACUUGUACAGCUUAGGUCUUCCCUUAACCAUCUUGAGGUUUACUUAGCUUCGCAAUAACACACAUUCUACUGCCUACGUAUACAGCUAGAAUCAGCGUUCAAGUAAGAUGCCAAUCGACUACCAAGGCACACAAAUCCCAACAUGCUACGCAACCUGCAGCAUCGGGCACAAGGAGUCUCACACACUCCCUUUAAAAUUCAAAGCCAUAGCAGACGCCGGCUUCGAUGCCGUCGAGCUAUCAAUGCCCGACAUCUUAGCGUACGGCAAGCUGCUCAAUGGUCAGGAACCGGACCCGAAGAACUACGACACAUUAGUCGAAAUUGGGAAGGAGAUCAAGACCCAAGCAGCAGAGCACAAGCUUAAGAUCCUCAUGUUACAGCCCUUCGCUAAUUUCGAAGGGUGGCCGAAAGGCAGUAACGAGAGGAAAGACGCGUUUGACUGCGCAAAGGGCUGGAUGCGUAUCAUGCAGGCUGUUGGGACGGAUACGCUACAAGUCGGUUCAUCGGAUGCACCUAGUAUAUCGUCGUCAUUUGACGAUCUCGCCGGCGACUUAGCCGAACUAGCGGACCUGUGCGCGGAAAAGGGCCUGCGCAUUGCGUACGAAAAUUGGUGCUGGGCAACGCAUGCGCCGAGCUGGAAGGACGUAUGGCGCAUCGUCGAAAAAGCCAACCGGCCUAAUCUCGGAUUGUGUCUUGAUACAUUCCAGAGCGGAGGUGGUGAAUGGGCCGAUCCGACGACUAAGUCUGGGUUAGUUGAGGGUGUGUCGCUGGAUGAGCUUGAAGUUCGAUGGAAGAAAAGUCUAUCUGAUCUGAGCAAGACGGUUCCACCGGAGAAGAUCUAUCUUCUGCAGAUCUCAGAUGCGUAUAAGAUGGAGCCGCCAAUAGAAGCGAAGAUAGAUGAGGAGGGGCUGCGGCCGAGGGGUCAGUGGAGCCAUGACUAUCGGCCACUGCCCUAUGACGGGGGCUAUCUUCCUGUACAGGACUUCCUGAAGGCGGUGCUGGGGACUGGAUUUAGGGGUUGGUUGUCCAUUGAAGUAUUUGAUGGUAAGGGCCCGGAGAAAUAUUCCGAUAUGCUUGAAUUUAGUAAGAAAGCGAUGGCGUCGUUAGGGAAGCUCUUAGAUCAAAUUGUCUACUUGGUAAAUUUGCAAAAAAGGGACACCCUAGCUGAAUAAUAACACUGCAACAUUU